CCCCGAGAGCCCGGCCCGGAAGGCAUCUCUGAGCUGAGCUCUUCUGCCUCUGCUGGUUUUGCUUAGGAAGAGGUGUCUGAGAGCAGCUCCAGCACAGAUGUGGUUCCCCGGAUUUACCUGCCCGAUUCAUCCUCCAUCGCGCAGUCCACUUUGGUCUCCAGCGUCUCCACCGUGAGCCAAUCCAUCAUGGUGUCGGAGUCCCCGCAGGUCCUGGUCCACUCCAGUGUCAUCAGCGACGGAGCCACGGUUGUGUCAGACUCCACCGCAUCCACCUCCUCGGACCUGGGUUCUGCCAUAGACAAAAUCAUUGAGUCCACCAUUGGGCCGGACAUUAUCCAGAGCUGCAUAGCUGUGACCAGUGCUGAAGAUGGGGGAGCAGAGACUACUCAGUACCUCAUUCUACAAGGGCCCGAUGAUGGUGCCCCCAUUGUGUCCCAGAUGUCCACUUCUGCUCUGGCCAAUAGCUUGGCAAUAGAAGCUAUUGCUGAUGGGCCGACCUCCACGUGCCUUGACCAGCCAGGCCCUUCGGAGCAGUCAGAAGUGCUGGAACUGCCUGCACAGCCAGACCAGGUUCGGGAGGCAGACGGUGGGGAGGAGAUGGACCAGCCGGACUUGGAGACCCUGGAGGAGAUGAUGGAAGUGGUGGUGGUGCAGCAGUUCAAGUGCAAGAUGUGUCAGUACAAGAGCGUCUCCAAGAAAACAUUGAUCAACCACAUGAAAGAGCGACAUUUCCAGCCAGCGGGUUCAGCUUUGACUUUUAAGAAAGGACGUCCACGAAAGGGGGGUUCUGCUCCAAAGUCUGCAGAAGAAGAGGUUGCAGAGGAAGAAGAAGAUGAUGAUAUUAUGGAUGCUGGUGCUAUCGAUGACCCUGAAGAGGACAGUGACUAUAAUCCAGCUGAGGAUGAGCCCCGUGGACGACAGCCCAAGAACAACCGCACAGUCCCUACAUCCAGCGAGGAGAGGCCACGGAGACGCCCAGGGAGGCCCCGCAAGUUUCCUCGCCUGGGGGACGCGCCCCCGGACGUGCCUGAAGGAGAGGAGGUGGAGCCCCUGGUGACGUCCCAGAGCACACCCAGCUGUGAGCUGCAGAAUUCGGAAGCAGCCAGUUCCUCUGGCCUGGAGAACGGGACCGGCGAGAGCUUGGCAGAGCCCAGCAUCAGCCAGUCUGACUCUGAGAAUAAGGACCCUUCCUCCAACACUGGCCCUGAGGAAGCAGAUGUCGUCCCCAGGAGGCGAGGCCGGCCCUCCCGCCGCUUCCUGGGCAAAAAAUACCGCAAGUACAUGGGGCGCAGGUAUUACUACAAGUCACCCAAGCCCUUGAUGAGGCCGUACCUGUGUCGGAUCUGCGGCUCGCGUUUCCUCACGCAUGAAGAUCUGCGUUUCCACGUCAACUCACACGAGGCCAAUGACCCACAGCUCUUCAAGUGUCUCCAGUGCAGCUACCGCUCCCGACGCUGGUCCUCCCUCAAGGAACACAUGUUCAACCACGUAGGCAGCAAGCCCUACAAGUGCGAGGAGUGCAAUUACACCAGUGUGUACAAGAAGGACGUCAUCCGACACUCCACAGUGCACAGUCGGGACAGGAAAAAAAGGGCUGAUCCGCCCCCAAAGCUGAACUCCUUCCCAUGCCCCGUGUGCAAUCGUAUCUACCCCAUGCAGAAGAGGCUUACUCAGCACAUGAAGACACACAGCACAGAGAAGCCGCACAUGUGUGACAAGUGUGGGAAGUCCUUUAAGAAGCGUUACACAUUCAAGAUGCACCUGCUGACACAUAUCCAGGCCAUUGCUAACCGCAGGUUCAAAUGUGAGUUCUGUGACUACGUCUGCGAGGACAAAAAGGUCCUGCUGAACCACCAGCUGUCACAUAUGAGCGACAAGCCCUACAAGUGCAGCUUCUGCAAGUAUUCCACCUUCCGGGAGGACUUCCUGGUCUCACACAUGGCCGUCAAGCACACGGGAGGGAAGCCCUUUGCCUGUGAGUUCUGUCACUUCACCACCAAGCACAAGAAGAACCUGCGCCUCCACGUGCACUGCCGCCAUGCCGACUCCUUUGAGGAGUGGGCACAGAGGCACCCCGAGGAGCCGCCCUGCCGCCGCCGCCCCUUCUUCACCCUGCAGCAGAUCGAGGAGCUGAAGCAGCAGCACCGCCAAGUGCAGGCAUCGGCUGAGCCGGAGGCCAACCCGCCACUCUCUGUCUUACAGGCCCCUCUCGGCCCUGUCACCUACCAGGCGGUGCAGGCAGUGCCCGGGUCGGAGCCUCCCAUCCUUUCGCAGGAUUCUCUGGAGGGGGCCACAAUUAUCUAUGAACAAGGUGUGGAUGGAUCGGCAGAACUGGCCACGCAGACCGCCCUGGAUCUUUUGCUGAACAUGAGUACUCAGCGAGAGCUUGCUGCAGGCUCCCUACAGGUGGCAGUAGUGAAACCAGAUGAUUCAGGAGAGGUGCCGGCCUCUUGUGAACCACAGGCACAGGAGGAAGGGGCGGAGUUGGAUUCCUCUGAGCAGCAGCAGAAGUUGGUAACGCUGCACAUGGCAGACCGUGGGGAGACGUUGGUGCGGGAGGCUUACGAGGAGGCAGCGCUGGGUGGCUCAGAGCUGCAGCAGAUCACUAUUCCCUUUGGUGGGACAACGGAGUACAGCAUCAUUACACCCAUCAGCGAGGAGAUUCAGGCUCCGGGCACGCUUUACAGUGAGGAGGAGGGCUCUGCAGAGACUUCACAUGCAGUCGUGGUGAGCGAAGCUGUGAUGACAGAGGUUCUGAAGGACCAUAACAAUCACUACAUCAUGUCAUCCAGCGUCCCAGCGAAUCAGUUCCAACACAUGGAGCCCCUCAAUGGAGAUGCUGCCUUCCCUUUGCCGACAGAGGGCCAGGAGGCACAGCCAACUGGUGUCAAGUGGCCUCUGGUGCAGUGUGUUACCCAGCAGCUCCAGAAGGACUCAAAUUUGUCCCCCACCUCUGAAGGGCAAGAAGUCACAUCCCCCAAGGUCAAAUGGCCUGCACUCCAAGGCAUAGCCAAGAAGCUCUCGUGCAAGGUUUCUGCAGCCAAGAAGCUCUCAUGCAAGAUUUCCACAGCCAAAAAAUUUUCCUGCAAGAUUUGCACAGCCAUGUUUACAGGGAGAGCAGAAAUGGAGAGUCACAAGAGAGCCCACAUUGGGCCCAGCACCUUCAAGUGUCCUGACUGUCCGUUCACUGCAGCCCUCUGGCCGGAGGUUCGGAGCCACAUGGUCCAGCAUGCCAGCCUUCGGCCACACAAGUGCACCCACUGCAGCUUUGCCUCCAAGAACAAGAAGGACCUGCGCAGACACAUGCUAACACACACCAAUGAGAAGCCCUUUGCCUGCCAGAUUUGUGGGCAAAGGUUCAACCGCAAUGGACACCUCAAGUUCCACAUGCAGCGUUUGCACAGCUCAAAGGGGAAGAAGCCAGAGGCACCUGCAGCUGCUGCCCAGCAGACCAUCAUACUGAACAGUGAUGAGGACACACUGGCCACCCUGCAGACGGCUCUGCAGUCCGGGCAGGCAGUGCUGGCCCCUGAGCGGCUGCAGCAGGCACUGGGACAGGAGCACAUCAUUGUUGCUCAGGAACAGAGCAUCACGAGCCAGCACCCGGCUCUCGCUGGCUUGCAGGAGGAGGCAGCGUACAUCCAGGAGAUCACGACUGCCGAUGGACAGACAGUACAGCACUUAGUGACAUCCGACAACCAGGUUCAAUACAUCAUUGCCCAGGAUGGCGUACAGCACUUGCUUCCCCACGAGUACGUUGUUGUCCCAGAAGGACAUCACAUCCAGGUUCAGGAUGGUCAGAUCACUCACAUUCAGUAUGAACAAGGUAGCCAGUUUCUCCAGGAGCCACAGAUCCAGUACAUGCCUGUCUCACCUGAGCAGCAGCUUGUCACCCAGGCUCAGCUGGAAGCAGCUGCACACUCAGCAGUCUCAGCUGACGGUCUGUGGGAGGAGAUCUUCGCUGAGCCCCACAUCGUCACUGAUGCCUCUUCUCUGCAGCAGUGGCUGAUGCUGCCAUGGCUCAGGCACAGAGCGUGUUCACCACGGAGGCAACGGCUGAGCAGAUCCAGCAGUUGCAGCAGGGAAUCCACUACGAUGUCAUCACGCUGGCAGAUUAGCACUGGUGACAGGCCUGGCUGAUGCUCAGGGACAUCCGUGCUGAGCAGGACAGCGGCAGCCAGCAGGAGCCUCUACAGCCAGCAGUUGCCUUAUUGCUUUGGGGCUAAGAGGGACGUGCCUGAGUGCAUGCCAGCAAGGGUGUGCUGCCACUCUGCUGUGCACAGCAAGGGUCCUUCAAAUCCUGCCUGGCACAGGAGGCUGUCUUGAGCAGAGACUGCACCACAGCCCAAGGGCCGGGACACUGAGCAGUGGCAGCACUCACGUGGCCCAUCUCUGCCUGUUGCACUUGAUGAUGGUCUGAAAUCCCUUUUCCCUGAAUCAUGUCUGUGCAGGCCAAACUCAGCAUCUGCUUGGGUGCAGGGAUCCCGGGGGAGCUGUAGGGCCAAGCACAGCCACGUGGUACAGCGUGAGAUGCUGAGGUCGUUCAGCCUCAGCCCCCACUCCUCGCUCCCGUGGGGCCGGGCUGAGGGCAGCCUCCCUCCCUUGGCUCCUCCGGCCUGCGGGCGGGCGGCAGUAGGGCUUUGGACUGGAGGAACCUGACAGAGGAUGAGGCCAUGCAGGUGGUGGAAGGAGUUCUAUUUUUUCUUUGGAAGAGGGAUGGACGCUGUGGCAAAGUUGGUUUGUAAGUUGUUAUGGGAGGGGUUCGAUUCUGAUGUUCUCAAGCUUUGAAUAUGCUUACGAAUAAAAAAGAUUGAAAAGUG